AAUAAAUGAUGAAACACCAGAGAAGCCUUCAGACAAAGAUGUUAAUGAUGUAUUAGAACAAAAUUCAAAUGCUGGAUCAAGGCCUCAAUCUGCAGGUCAAGGAUCAAAAGCUGGUUCAAGGCCACAGUCUGGCCAAGGGUCAAAUGCUGGGUCAAGGCCACAAUCAGCUAAGGGUUCAAAUGCUGGUUCAAGGCCCCAGUCUGCAGGUCAAGGCUCAAAUGCUGGGUCAAGGCCACAGUCUGUAGUUCAAGGCUCAAAUGCUGGAUCGAGGACACAGUCUCCAGGUCAAGGGUCAAAUGCUGGAUCAAGGCCACAGUCUCCAGGUCAAGGGUCAAAUGCUGGGUCAAGACCACAGUCAGGUCAAGGGUCAAAUGUUGGGUCAAGACCAGAAUCAGGUCUGGGUUCAAAUGUUAGUUCAAGGCCACAGUCUGCAGGCCAAGGCUCAAAUGCUGGGUCAAGGCCACAAUCUGCAGGUCAAGGUUCAAAAGUUGGUUCAAGGCCAUCAUCAGGUCAAGGGGAAAAUGCUAGAGCAAUGCCAGAAUCUGCAGAUCAAGGAUCAAAAGCUGGUUCAAGGCCACCAUCAGGUCAAGGGUCAAAACCUGGUUCAAGGCCACAGUCAGGUCAGGGGUCAAAUGCUGGAUCAAGGCCACAAUCUGCAGGUCAAGGAUCAAAGGCUGGUUCAAGGCCACAGUCAGGUAAAGGGUCAAAAGCUGGUUCAAGGCCACAGUCAGGUCAAGGGUCAAGUGCUGGUUCAAGACCACAAUCAGGUCAAGGGGCAAAUGGAGGAGUGAAGGACAAUGGUGAAAUUGAGGAAACUAAAAAAGAAGCAGAGGAUGAUAUACAGAGUGAGUCCGCAUGCAACUCAAAGAACUACAGCUUCUCUAAUAGGCCAGUGGUGUCUAAAUAGAUUAGUGGCAUGAUAGUAUUCAGCAUGGUUGCGCUGCUGGGCCGAUUACCAUAAAUAUCAUUUGGCUUAUCAGAUUACAUUCAGUAGAGCAUAGUGCUUUUGUGUUUGGUGGCCCUCUCACUUUGGCUCACUUUCCAAGGAAUGGUUUACUAUACUUCAUUUAUUUUCUAGAUUAGACUAAGCUAGGUCAGCAUGUAUUCACAACCAGUUCAACCAGUAACCAGUGUUCUUAUUUUUUAUCUUAGGAACUGCAUAUACAUAUAGCAUGGCUGUAGGCUUAUUAGC